UCAACUGGAGUCAAACUUGCAAACAAUUGUAUGGAGAUUUUCGAUCAGAUGAAGAUUCGUCGUCAAUAUGGAAUAGUCUUUUAUAAGUUGAACGAUGACAAUACUCAGAUUGUGGUCGAGAAGACUUUACCAUAUGGAUCACCAUUCACUACUUUCCUCACCGAGCUACCUCCCACUGAAUGUAGAUACGUCUUAGUUGACUUUGCCUACACCGAAGAGUCAACCUCCAAGAAGAGAUUGGUGUUCGUCUCAUGGUGUCCAGGUACAUCAAGUAUUAGAAGUAGAAUGAUAUAUACUGCUUCAAAGGAUGCACUUCGCAAGGCAUUGGUUGGUAUCCAAACUGAGGUCCAAGGUUGUGAUAUAUCUGAGGUCCAAGAGGAACAAUUCCUUGAGAAGAUCACGAGGUUGUAG